CUUAGCCAUGUGGCGGUAACUGCGCAUGCGCUACUUCAAGUUGCCAUGGCGAUUGUUGCAACGCAGUUUUCAUCAGUCUUUCAUAGUGUUAUGGUGUUUUAAUAAAAUGCAAGCUGCUGGUGACAAGAAAAUCAGGGACAGGGCACCUGAGAUAAAAGCGGCUGGAAAGCUUUUUCCUCGGGGAGGUGGGGCCAAGGAAUGUCUAGUCACUCAAAAUGGAGAGGAUGGCGGUCGUAAAACCCCAGCGCUGGUCCGGCAAUUCCAACGUAUGACGAGACCAGAGCCCGGAGUGCCCCGACUCUCCCAUGCUGCUGCUCCACCGGAUAAGGACCUACGUCUUGGCAUAAAAACGAUAUCGUCCAUGGCUGCUGUAGAUCUGAUUAACCCAUCUCCGAAGACAAAAUUUGAGCAUGUCUGUGUGAACCAACAAGAGGCCAUUUAUAAUAGCAAUCAAAAGGCACCCCUAGGGUCCUCCCACAACCAAUCGCCUGGACUACCAAGUGGAUUGAACCCUCUAUCUACUAGUUUUGGCCUCAAGACCAUCAGGACUGAGUCGGCAGGGGACAUGGUCAAUCCUCAGAAGACUGCCUCUGAGGUAGAGCACGAGUACAUUGCCGGGAGAGACCUCUAUAAGAAAAGUCACAAUGACUGGGAUGUUAGUGAGAUAGUGGACAGAGACUAUGACUGGAGUAAAUUCACUAAGAGCAGUCUAUAUGGAGUACCUACACCUCAUGACAACAGUGGGAGUGGAGCUAACACAGCACUGCACUGGCAGGGAGACUCAGAAAAGAGCGCUGAAGUGGUGUGCAAGAGGCUAGAUGACUUUCGUGAGAAAACACAACCACAACUUGGUCAAGUGCAUGACCCGUUAGCUGAGACUCUGAAAGUAGACAAGGACCAUACUUUCGGAACCAUUGUCAAACCAGAUAAUCUUAGUGCAGGGGCACUAAUGCACACGAAUGGACCUAGCACGUAUGAGCAAAGCUCGGUGUUUAACUCUGGUUUGCUCUCUUCAGUCAGAAACAUACUCAAGAAAAACAAUUUCUGCAACUUUGAUGGCUUGCUGAGAGCUCUACUAUACACAGACCUAAAUGGCAUUGGGAAGAUACCCCCGGCUGAUGUUGAUGAAGUGUUCUUUCAGUUCGACGUUCCCCUAACUCCAGAUAUGCUUGACAUGCUUGUCCGAUGGUGUGGUGGUGACUCAGGGGUCAUGUGCUCCGACCUUGUGGCCCUAAUAAAUUGGAAAUCGGAGCCCAAUCAGUCCGUCUUAGACAGAGUAGCUGCUAACAUUGGACAGACUACAUCUCCCCAUCUUAAAUCAAAGUACCGUACGUCUUCUCAAAAGAUCAAGGCUAUUGUUGGCGAGGUCAAACUACUCACCACUCAAUCUCAUGGUGUACCCACCAUCAGGAGUGACCUCCCUGCCCCCAGGAUUAAGAGAGUAGCAGACCAUACGAACUAUGGUGAUGAGUCGGGUGCGUACGGGCUCAUGUAUCCUUCCAUCUACUCCAACAAGGGAGUGCACGAGAAAGAUUUCUUCCAACCCCGCGAUGAAGCUACUAUUCAAGGAAUUUUCGACAAGAUUGGAGUGAGCAUGAGUCGUGAGGUGUUCCAUGAACUGUGGAGUGAGGCACAGAAAAGGGAUCCCAGGGGGCAGGUAUCGGUGGAAUCUUUCAGAGCACUGAUGGAGGAAGUUCAAGCCAAUAAAAUGCAGCAUCAAGAGCAACAAAAUGAAUUGGCUGUGCCUGUUGCUUGACUGUUUAGAUGUUUACCAUUAAAUUAUUGUAGAUAAUGUAUAGAGUUGCAUCUAUUAUCUGCGUCAUUCA